AUGCCUCCAAGCAGGCACACCAAGAAGCGGAACGCCGAAUCCCGGGUACAGCGACCCCAGAAGAAGCAGAAGCGCAGACAGCAACGAUACCACAGCGACUCCGAGGAGGAGGAAGCACCGACGGCAAAGGCAGGCGACGACUUUGACCCCGUCAACCUUCUCGACUCGGACGGCGAGGAUAUUCACAAUGCGACAAUUGACCAGGCUGUCGAAUCAGACGAUGGUGGAGACGACGGCCCCCUCUCCAGCUCGGAGGAUGACCAGAAGAAGCCCGCCAAGAAGUCGGCGGUGGCAGCGCCCAAGAUGUCACUGAAGGCGAAAAGGGCACCGGAGCCCGAGUCAGAGGACGAUAAUGAAGACCAAGAGGAAGCAGCGGGGUCACCUGACGACAACGACGACGACGACGACGACGAUGAUGAUGAUGACGAUGAGGAGGAGGAGGAUGAGUUUGACGAGCUGAACGGCAAGUCUCUGUCCAAGAAGAAGAACGACAACAGCGCAUUCGCCAAGUCCAUGUCGGCCAUCCUGUCGACCAAGCUCACGUCGUCGAAACGGAGCGACCCCGUUCUGUCACGCAGCCUGGAGGCCCACGAGGCCUCGCGGGCCCUCCAGGACAGCGCGCUCGAGGCCAAGGCCCGCAAACAGAUUCGCGACCAGAAGAGGCUGGCAGCCGAAAAGGGCCGCGUCAGGGACGUGCUCGUCGCCACGCGCAACGAGACGACGGGAGAGGCUGAGUCGACCACGGCCGAGGUCCUGGGCACGGAGCGCCGGCUGCGCAAGGUCGCGCAGCGCGGCGUCGUCAAGCUGUUCAACGCCGUCAGGGCGGCGCAGGUAGCUGCCAUCGAGGCCGAGAGGGAGGCGCGCAAGGACGGAAUCAUCGGUAUGGAUAAGAGGGUGGAAAAGGUCAACGACAUGACCAAGAAGGGUUUCUUGGACCUGAUUGCGUCGGGGGGAGGUGGUCUGUCCAAGGCGGCAUUGGAGGAGGCAUGA